AAUUGGAACCCCUUGCAACAGUUUAACUGCCGUUCAGCUUGAGAAGUCGGAAAAGAAUCGGAGCUGCAAACGUUGGCAAAUCGGAUCUCUUCUCUUUCAGCAACCAUGGCGGAACAGCCGCUGGACCUCUCCGCAACCAUUUCGGAACAACCGCUGGAGCUCGAGUCAUCACCAUCGGCAUCCCCACCAGGAGAAGAGGAAACCGAAGGAGAAGAAUCGCUUGGUAAAUUGGUAGCUGACUCUUCUUUUGAAAGGGGGCGGCAUGUGAUGUUCUUGCAGAUGAUGUACCAGAUGCUACCACAUCAUUACCAGUCUCAAGAGAUCAACCGCCUUACUCUGGCCUAUUUCGCCAUCUCCGGCCUCGACAUAGUCGGCUCACUAGAUACAGUGGACAGGGAUGAAGUUGCUAGUUGGGUUCUAUCUUUCAGAACUCACCCUGAAGAUAUUGCUGAAAUUAACUGUGGAGAAUUCUAUGGGUUUAAUGGUUCACGCUCUUCUCAAUAUCCUUCAGACGAUGCUGGGGGGGUCAGCGGUAAUCAUUGUCAUUUAGCAAGUACAUACUGUGCUUUGGCCAUAUUGAAGAUUGUUGGUUACAAUUUGUCCAAUAUUGAUUGGAUGCCAUUGUUAAUGACGAUGAGAAACUUACAAAAACCCGAUGGCAGCUUUUCUCCAAUUCAUAUUGGGGCAGAGACAGAUCUUCGGUUUAUUUACUGUGCUGCGGCCAUCUGCUUUAUGUUGGAUGAUUGGAGUGGGAUGGACAGGGAUAAAGCUACUGAAUACAUCUUAAAAUGCAAGGCAUAUGAUGGUGGCUUUGGUAUGACUCCAGGUGCAGAAUCCCAUGGUGGUGGUACUUAUUGUGCGGUUGCAUCCCUUCAACUAAUGGGAUCCAUUGGAGUUGAUCUUUUCUCCAGCUCUGCAAGUUCUUCCAUACUGGACAUUCCGCUAUUGCUGGAAUGGUGCUUACAGAGGCAAGCAUCAGAUGGCGGAUUUCAAGGUAGAUCAAAUAAGCCGAGCGACACUUGUUAUGCAUUCUGGAUUGGGGCGGUUUUGAAGAUCUUGGGGGCCGGCAAACUAAUCGACGAGAAAGCUUUACGUGGAUUUUUGCUCACCUGCCAAUCUGAGUAUGGUGGGUUCUCCAAGUUCCCAGAUGAGCUACCUGAUCUCUACCAUUCCUACUAUGGAUUCAUUGCCUUCAGCCUCCUGGAAGAACCCGGCCUCAAUUCAAUCUGCGUUGAGCUCGGAAUAACUGAUGCUGCUGCUUUGAGCAAAUGACCCCAACAUAUUAACGGCCACAUAAGGAAACCGACGGAACAGAGGACUCCUGGCAACUUGUGCUCCCCAGAGAGUGGUCAGAUAGGUUAUGUGACAUUGCUGAUUCACUGACAGUAGACAUAAACCAGAAAAAAUACCAGCCAUGAAGUACAGUUGGAUCAUCCUUCCAUCAUGCAUUUGGGGACAAGGAUUGUCCAUUGUGUAGAAUUGUACCAAGUGUAUUAUGUAUGUAGCAUAGAAAUUUAUCUGGUACUACUUGAGAUCAGUUUACCGGCGAACCAAGAAUCGGACAUAGACGAUAUGGUAUAUUCCAGUUUAGGCAUCUGCACUCGAUCUACAAUCUUUCUCUUAGCCAUGUUAAGACAAGGAAAUUAAUCAGUUACAGUCAAACGUGAAUGAAUCAUUACUUGAAAAUGAGAAACAAUUAAGGUUUCUGUUAAUGAUGCUUAGGCAGAAAUGGUGCAAUACAGAGACCCCCUCAAUUGGUUAAUCAAUGUGCAAAGGCAGAAUUGAUGCAAAAUUUUGAACCUUUCGGCCUCAGCAGGAACUCCCCACCCACCACGGAGGCAGGAGGGGACACACCUUCACGGGGCUUUGUUGUUUAGGAAAAUGUCCAAAACGAAAUCAAGCCAGAUUCAGAAUGUCACUAAAAGCUCAGUGUAUUUCCAACUUUGUAUAAUUAUCCUCCUGAUUUGAGACUCUCAGACUGAAGAUGGCCCUCUGAUGUUGAUCACACGGCUCCAAAUAUACCAUUCGAUGUCGAUCACCUCGUGCUGAAGCAAUAAUGGUUUAGCAGCUUAGUGGAGCUGGUUUGGAGGAUUGUGGCCCAGGGAGAAGUCCCCAUGCUACAAUAACUAAGCGUAGCAGCAGACAGUGCAGCAGGAUUAGGACAUGAUAGAUGGGCAAUAAGUGAAGUGAGAGUGAAUAAAACGUUGUGGUGUUCUUUGAUCAUGAUCAUGCUUUCUGUCGUCAUAGGCAUGGAUUGGAGGGUGAGAGUGACUAAAAAGUGAUUGGGUGACGCUCUUCUGUGCUUUUGAGAGAUACCCUUAUUCCUUCCCUUUUCCUUUCCUUUUUGGGUACAGAUUGGUAUCAGCACUUCCUAUACAGAUACAAAUAUGAUCAUCUUUUAAGUUUUAACUACUUCUAGAU